ACAAUACGAAGUCUCUCAUUAUCAUUGAAAAAGAAUACCAAGUAAUAAUCAUAGAAAAGAAGAUCAAAACAGCAACCUGUAACUUUUUUGGUGUGAAUCCCAGAGGCACGCCCGUUAAUAGAUACGAUAAUAUAACAAAAAUAAAUCACUAUUAAUGUUUAUACAUUAUUGAGUAUUGUAACUCUUUACGAUAACGAAAUUUUAAAUUAGUGAUUCAGUAAACUUAUUGUUAUAUUUAUAAAAUGUUUUAUUCGCGUUAUCAUCAAGAUUGAAUAAAUAAUUUUUUUUUUUUAAAUAUCGUCUGUUCUCUGUUGAUUAAUAGUUUUGCGUGAAAAGAUUUUUGUGUUUCCUUUAACGAUUGAAAAUAUGAUUUUCUUUAAUAAUUUGUUGUCAAUUCUUGCAUUAGUCACAGUUAUUAUAAACUUGAGCGAGUCCUUGGAAUGUUAUGUUUGUACAAAUCAAGAUCAAAAUCAUGAAAAAUGUUUGAACACUAUUAAGACAUGCGAACCGGAAGAAGAUAUGUGUUUAUCAGAAAUCAGUUGGGGAUCUCCUCCAUAUUGGGUAGAAGGAGGAAUCAAACAAUAUUAUGUAUCAAAGAGAUGUGCUACAAGAGCCACAUGUGAUGCUGUAAAAACUAAAACAAUGCCCUAUUGCACAUACUUAUGGUAUCAAGAUUGGAAAUGUGCAGAAUGUUGUUUAGGCGACCGUUGUAAUUUCUACAUAACAAUGGGCAGUAGUGCAAUAAAAUCCAAUUUGAUUGUAUUAUUGGGAUGCAUCGCCAUAUUGAUUGGAUUCCAUGUUACCAAAACCAUAUAGUUUACUCCAAAGAAUUAUUCAUCAGCCUUAAGGAGACAUUUUUAUAUAAUAACAUUAUUUUUUUGUCAUUAUUUUAAUACUAAUGAAAAGAAUUUACUAUAAGUCACUUAGAUUUUAGUCUCUUUUUUUAAUUAUAAGCUUUUAUAUAAGUUUAUACUUAAAAUAUCAACAGUAUUAUUUUUAAUUAUAAGUGAAAAGUUCCGUCCAAGUAUCAAUUUGUUGAUACAAACUUGUUUUAUUUACGUCCCAAAUAUUGUAUAUUGUAAUCUUUUAUA